AUGGGGCGGUACUCGGGGAAGACGUGCCGCCUCAUCUUCAUGCUGGUGCUUACCACCGGCUUCUUCGUGGCCGAGCUGGUGUCGGGCUACCUGGGCAACUCCAUCGCGCUGGUGUCCGACUCCUUCAACAUGCUCUCGGACCUCAUCUCCCUCUGCGUCGGGCUCUCCACGGGGCGCAUCGCCCGCCGCAGCCGCCGCGGCCCCCGCGCCACUUACGGCUACAGCCGCGCUGAGGCGGUGGGAGCCCUCAGCAAUGCCGUGUUCCUCACCGCUCUCUGCUUCACCAUUUCCGUCGAGGCCAUCCUGCGGCUGGCCCGGCCGGAGCCCAUCGACGACGCGCAGCUGGUGCUCAUCGUCGGCACCCUCGGCCUCGCCGUCAACCUGGUGGGGCUCCUCGUCUUCCAGGACUGGGGCUCCUGCUGUAACCGCCGCCCGCCAGCCCCGAUGCCCGCUCCGGCCGUGCCCAGCAGUGCCUCAGCCGGGGAGGCCGUUGAAGCAGGUGAUUCACCCAAUGACCAAAAAAGCCCUGAGGAGGGGUCUGAGAAGAAAAAAGAAAAGAAGUCUGAAGCCUUGAACAUCAGAGGUGUUCUUUUGCAUGUUAUGGGAGAUGCGCUUGGAUCUGUGGUUGUGGUAGUUGCUGCUACAAUCUUCCAUGUACUUCCUCUGGGGGAUGCUCCGUGUAACUGGCAGUGCUACAUUGAUCCAAGCCUCACAAUAAUUAUGGUGCUCAUCAUCUUGUCUUCUGCAUUCCCACUUAUCAAGGAGACCUCAACUAUUUUGUUGCAGAUGGUUCCCAAAGGUGUUAAUAUGCAACUACUGACUGAUGAACUAGCUCGUGUACCAGGGGUGAGCAGCCUUCAUGAGGUGCAUGUCUGGGAGCUUGCAGGUGGGAAGAAUAUUGCUACUCUUCACAUCAAGUGCCAAACCCCUACUGAUUACCAAGAUGCUGCUUAUAAAAUACGGAAGAUUUUCCAUGAUGCAGGGAUCCAUUCUGUGACCAUCCAGCCCGAGUACACUGACCACAAGAAUGCCCAGAUACUGUGCAGCUCGCCCUGCAUCUCAAAAGCUUGUGACUCUCAGCUGUGCUGCAGUCAGCGGGAACCUCAUCUGGCUAAAACUAAUGGCUGUACUGAGAAAAAUGAUAGUUGCCUUUCUGCAGUGCAUAAAGACAAUGGUUCCAGGAAAAACGAUGUUGAAAUCCCUAUUGAGUAUCCACUGGCAGAGGAUAGCAUUAAAAAUGUGAAAAAUUUUGAUGGCAAAUCCAUGUUGAGCAGUACACGGCUUUAG